UCCCUGGGCGGUGAACACGACCUACCCACGAUAUAUCUGGUACAAAGAUUGUACCUAAGAAUAAUUAGAGGACUGUUGACGCAAGAAGCUUAUCAACGCCACACCGAUAUAUUUAUUUGAAUUUAAAUCGUAAACAUGUCCCACAUCGAUGAGAGGCUUUUCGAAUGCACUGUAUACAAGGUUUUUAAGAAAUGCACUAACGAAAAACGGCUUGCAGGGGAAAAACCGUAUGGCUGUAAAGUAUGUAGAAAAGAUUUCUCCCACAAAGGGGACCUGACACGGCACCUUAGAAUCCAUACAGGGGAAAAACCUUAUCGUUGCAUGACAUGUGGCAAGUCAUUUGCUCAUAAAAGCAACCUCACGCAGCAUCUCAGGCGGCAUACCGGCGAGAAGCCUUACGAGUGUUUUGACUGCGGGAAAACCUUUUCAAGAAAGGCCGGGCUGAUUCAGCACAUCCGGCUACACACGGGAGAGAAUCCCUUCGAGUGUUACUACUGCAAAAAGUCAUUUCCUCGCAAGGGAAGCCUAAUCAGUCAUAUUUGGCACCAUAAUGGAGACUGGCCCCUUAGGUGCAGUUAUUGCAACAAGGGAUUUGGGGAUCAGCACCAUUUACUGAUUCAUGAAAGAAUUCAUACAGGUGAGAGACCCUACGCGUGUAACACAUGCAAAAAAACAUUCGCAGACAAGAGUAUCCUUGCCCGCCAUGUAAAACUUCACGAGGUCUCUCUUUUUUCUGGGGAAGAAUCUCCCCGCAACGAAAAUAAUAGACUCAUAUGUGACAUUUGCACAGAACAGACACCCUGUAAAUGCCUGGAACGUGGCAAGGAUUUCAGGGACUAUGGAACUUUACAACGACACAGAAAACAACAGGUACCCAUGAAGUUCCACCUGGAAAGGGCAGAGGAGGAUCACUGUGCAACAGGAGACUCUCAACCGCUAGAUUCGUUGAUCAACAGUGAAGCCACGGAUUUAGAAAGUGACUUAGGACAGCUUUCACUUGAUCCUACAAAAUCGAGAGAAAUCUGCGUUCUUCAAGGCAAGGCCAAUGCAAAGAACAAUCAUCGACUACAAUCGCAUAGCCAGUCUGAGUAUCUAGCGCUUGGCCGUGAAGCACCAAGCAGGAAAAUCGAGUCAGCACCAAGCAGGAAAAUCGAGUCAGCACCAAGCAGGAUAAUCGAGUCAGCGCCUUUGUAUGAGGCAACGGAAAAGGGCAUCGUCACACUCGAUGUCAAAACGGGUUGUUUGAGCAAAGAACAAUGUGACAAAAUUCUGUUCUCUUCUGGCACCGUGCGUAUAAGAAGCCCUUCAAUAGGUUGCAAUUGCACAUUCAAACUGCAAAAUGGAUAUACGAACGAAUCGGAGAACGACUACGCAUGGGAACCGGACAACAGCUGCCAUGGCGAAGGGAAGGAGAGUUCGAAUGUGGGAGAUAACUAUGAAACAGCUGGCUCGAAACACGGUGAUUUUCGAUUCGCUGCAGGUGAUGGCGAUGGCGAUGGGCAGUUGGCGUCAGAAUCUUCCAUUUUUAAUUUCCCCGAUGGAUAUCAUGGAAAAAGAGAAAGUGAAGCGUACAUCAAAGAGGAGUUUGAGUUUUUUGAAGACACCGACAAUAAUUUUUAAAACAUUAUUUUUUUGUUUUUGUUUUUGUUUUUGUUAAUGCAGAUUUUUGUGUAUCUCUGUAUGUAUAUUUAUAUAUCUAUAACUGAACGGGAUCAAGAUUUUUGGUGUUUAGCAUACUAAAGUUAUCUGAUAACUAAGCAGUGAAACUGGAUAACUUACAGAUCCUCUUUUCCUUUCUAUUAUUUCCCCUCUAUGCUAAUCUCCACGUUUUCUACUUUUCCUAUUCCUUCCUCCUAUCUUAAUCCUUUCUGUCUCUCGUUUCUUUUUCUCGCCCGUUCCUCUAUCAUUCAUUACGUUCAUCUUUCUUCAUUCCUCUUUUACCCUUGUGAUCUAUUCUCAUUUAUUACUUAUCUCGCAUACUAAUUUCUUCCUCGUUUUCUAUUUUACCUUCCCUUUGGCAAUCUUUAACACAUUUCUUUCAUUUCUCUCUCUUGGUUUACGUUUAUUUCUCUCUUUUUUGUUCUUUCUUUUAAUCUUACGUCCUUUUACCUACCCCCUAUCCUUCAUCCCAGUGCCCUACCUGUCCGCUUCACACCCUCGAUCCUUGGUCUCGAAUCCUGUCCCGAACUUUGGGUAAUCCAGCGGGCGGCGUUCAGACACGCUGGAGAUGAUUCCCACCCAAACACUCACUACACCUUGCUUGUAUUGCUGCCAA